AUGAGCGCGAAUGGCCAGACUGCUUGUUCAGCCACACCAGCAACGGGCACACAACCUGCAAGCACGGGCAGCACCACAAGGAGCAGUGAUGUCGGCAGCACAAGCAAGGAUUAUCCCAACACGGAAUCAGUUGGAAGUGGAAAGCACUCCAGUCAGACCCAACACACCACCCCCUUCCCCUCUUCCUCCUUACUGCACCCCUCCUCCUCAUCGACUUCUUCCUCCUCUGCCUCCCGCUCCGCUUCCUCCUCUGCCUCCUCCUCUGCCUCCUCCUCUGCUUCCUCCCCCUCUCCUCCCUCUUGCCUUCGUCUGAUUGGCUUUCAUCCUCCCUCCAACUCCCUCUACCCCCUCUCCCCCCUCCCUCCCCAACUCGCCAACCCUACCGACACUAGUUCCCUAUGGGAUUGCCGCCUCCAAGCCUUAGGCUCGGAACUCCUCCUCUUUGCCGGUCUGCACCCCGAGACGUGGCUGCUGGAGCAUGCAGCAGCGCGGUGGGGCGUGGGGUGUGUGCCUCGCUUUCUGGUUUGGCGCCGGGAAGGGUGUCUGCACGUGUACGACGCGGUUACCAAAGGCAGAAAAGUGUUACAGGUGAGCAGUGGGUGGAGUGGACAUCUAAAGGGAGGGAGGAAGGUGCUGCAGGUAAGGGCAUGCAUGUGCAUGGGAGACAUGGGUUUGCACCCCGAGACGUGGCUGCUGGAGCAUGCAGCAGCACGGUGGGGCGUUGGGUGUGUGCCUCACUUCCUGGUUUGGAGGAGGGAGGGGUGUCUGCACGUGUACGACGCGGUUACCAAAGCCAGGACGGUGUUACAGCACACCAUUCUCAAGAAUCGAAUUUUCCUCUUCGGGGGAUACCUCCAAAUCUCCGAUGGUACCCUCCUUCCAGCCUCGGAUGCCCUCUGCUGCGACCUUGCAGGUUCGGGCGGAGGCUCGGGCGGAGGCUCGGGCGGAGGUCCGGCAGGAGGUUCGGCAGGAGGUUCGGCAGGAGGGGUGGAUAGAGGUGCGGGAAGGCUUGGGGUGAUGGCAGCAGGGGGGCCUACCUGGACUUCUGUUCCUCUGGUUUGGAAGGGAGGGGCAAUCAAGGGGAGAGGGGGAGGGAGGGAGAGGGUUGGUAUGGGGACUGAGGAGGAGGGUGGGAUGAAGAAGACAGAUAUGAAAGGUGGAAAGGACUGGGAGGAGGAAGGGAAGGGGUGGAAGGGAGAGCAGGAUGGGAUGGGAGGGGAUGGAGAGUGGGACAAGGAUGAAGGAGAGGAGGGGCGGGAAUUGGGGCCAUGGGGUGACACGGAGGACGCAGGGGAUUCUGAUAUGGAUGAUAUGGACGAUCACAUUAGUUGUGCUGACGUGGAUGGUGUGGAUGCUGACGAGGAUGGUGGUGAUGAUGACGUGGAUGGUGGUGGAGACACGGAGGACGACGGGGAGAUGACACACGAGGCAAUUCUGGGAAGGGUCAAGACUGCAACUGUCUUGUCACUGUAG